GAGGAGCCGCGCUCCGGAGCCGAGGGGGACGCGCUGGAGGUCCACGUCCCGCAGGUGCUGCAUCCCCAGUAUGGAAUGUAUGUUUGGCCCUGUGCUGUGGUCCUAGCCCAGUACCUGUGGUACAACAGAAGAGCCCUUCCAGGCAAAGCUAUCUUAGAGAUUGGAGCUGGGGUGAGUCUUCCGGGAAUCUUGGCUGCAAAAUGUGGUGCAAAGGUUACACUGUCGGAUAACCCAGAACUACCUCAUUCUUUGGAGAUGUGUCAGCACAGCUGCCAGAUGAACCAACUACCACAAGUCCUUGUUGUAGGAAUAACAUGGGGCCAUGUAUCCCCUGACCUUCUGGCUCUGCCACCCCAAGAUAUUAUUCUUGCAUCAGAUGUAUUUUUUGAACCUGAAGACUUUGAAGACAUUUUAACUACAGUCUUCUUCCUGAUGGAAAAGAACCCAAAGGCUCAACUCUGGUCUACUUACCAGGUUAGAAGUGCUGACUGGUCCCUUGAAGCUCUGCUCUACAAGUGGGAUAUGAGGUGUGUCCACGUUCCUCUCAAGUCUUUUGAUGCAGACAAGGAAGAGCUAGCGGACUCUGCCCUUCCAGGAAGACAUACCAUCGAAAUGCUGAUCAUUUCUUCUGCAAAGGACACCAUCUAA